AUGUCUACUUUCUAUGUUUCUCCUGUGAUACUAAAGUUGGUAGUUUCUGGAUUGCUGCUUCUCCUUCCUGGAGCAGGAAGUCAGAGUCUUUUGGUGGUGGAUGAAGAUUUCCAGUACGACCGUAAUCUAGCAGGAUUUCUUCUCCCAUUCCAGAUAUCUUGGCGGUUUGAAAUAUUUGAUGGAGCAGGUGUCCCUCAAGAUCGACAACCCACAGAUGCAGAGUAUGAAGGAAUCAAUGAAGCCACCGAGAAUUGGUUCACUGUAGAGAUUCCAGCUUUCUAUGGUACUGAUAAACCAUUCGCUUUUCAAGAAAUCGAAUGCAUCACGGACACGACUUCCUACGAUGACACUGCUGCAGAAUGGCAACACCAAAUGAUCUUUCAAUGUACCGUUACGUGGGAAGCGGAUAGCCUGGACGACGUUCCCAUGGUGGAAACAUUCUUAACGGACAUGAAUCAGCCAUACUUACUCGACAACUUUGUCCAACCCAAUUUGAGACAAGCAAACCCUCAGUCCCCACGAAACAUAUUUCAAUUUGCUGACCGUGUGGGAUACACCACACAAAACACGGGAACAAGUGGUCCGGCUCCUGCAGAGGGAAACACCACGGCACCUACCAUUGCAACUACUACUACGGCACCUACCAUUGCAACUACUACCGCUCCCACAACCAUCGCAACGACCGCUCCCACAUCCAUCGCCGCGUUGCUGCCUCCCAUGGCAGCGCCGACGGGUGCUGCAGCCAAUGUUCCUCAGAAAAAGGAUGCUCCACCGGCCAAGUGUGGAUCUUUGUCGACCAAUGGAUACGGAGGUACUGCUAGCGAUGCCAAUGGCUGCGCAAGUCGCACCGAAGACGACAAUAAUACAAGGCGAAGGCGAAAACUCAAGGGUAGCAAGUACUAG